CAGCGAGCGGGGCGCGGCAGGCGGGGAACAGGAAGCGAGCGCGCCCGCGUCCGCGCGCACAGGCCGCGGAGGAGGGGCAGAACGAGCCAUGGCCGGGGACAGCGAGCCGACCCCUCAGACCCAGCAGCAGCCCUACGACGGCGGGCCCUUCCUGAUCGGCGUCAGCGGGGGCACGGCCAGCGGCAAGACCUCCGUGUGCGCGAAGAUCGUGCAGCUCCUGGGCCAGAGCGAGGUGGACUGCCGCCAGAAGAAGGUGGUCAUCGUGAGCCAGGACAGCUUCUACCGCGUCCUCACGUUGGAGCAGAAGGCCAAGGCCCUGAGGGGCCAGUUCAACUUCGAUCACCCAGAUGCCUUUGACAACGAGCUCAUCCUCCAAACGCUGCGAGACAUCGCCGAGGGGAAGACCGUGCAGAUCCCGGUGUACGACUUCGUCUCCCACUCCCGCAAGGAGGAGACGGUCACCGUGUACCCCGCGGACGUGGUGCUCUUCGAAGGCAUCCUGGCCUUCUACUCCAAGGAGGUGCGGGACCUGUUCCAGAUGAAGCUCUUCGUGGACACGGACGCCGACACCCGGCUCUCCCGCAGAGUGCUGAGAGACAUCAGCGAGAGGGGGCGGGAGCUGGAGCAGAUCCUGACCCAAUACAUCACCUUCGUCAAGCCCGCCUUCGAGGAGUUCUGCCUGCCGACAAAGAAGUACGCAGACGUGAUCAUCCCCACGGGCGUCGACAAUAUGGUGGCCAUCAACCUGAUUGUGCAGCACAUCCAGGACAUCCUGAACGGCGGGCCGUCCAAGCGGCAGACCAACGGCUGCGUCAGAGGCUGCACCCCUGCACGCACCAGGCAGGCCUCGGAGUCCAGCAGCCGGCUGCACUGACCCCGCUUCCCCGGGGCCCCGGCCCACCCCCGCCGCUCCAGGAGACCGGGGGUGGGCUGGGGGAGGCAGCGGCAGCGGCGGGGGUCUUGGCCGUCCGAACACACGGUUUCCUGCAACUCUGCUUACUUAAGAAAACACGAAGAAAUGCCUUUGAUCCCGAAACAGACCCGGACCCCAGGCGUGCGUGCCGAACUGUGCCAACUCUCGGGAACGGGCGGCGAGCGG